AAUACAGUUAACGUAAUCGAUUCAAACACGAACAAAUGGUAAACACACUAAUUUUUAAAGAUGUCGUUCAUUUGUUCGGAACGUAAUAAUCUGAUCGAUUACAAAAAUUCAUUAAACAACUUGAAAAUCUGCGAAUCUGAAAAAUACUUUUUACCCACCGAAGUAGCGAUACAUAAUAAAUCAAAUGACUGUUGGGUUUCUUGUAACGGCAUCGUUUACGAUCUGACCAAUUUAUGUAAAUUGUGGUUAUGUACACGAGCGAUAAAACCUCUAAUAGCACACGCAGGAAAAGAUAUCAGUCAUUGGUUCGAUCAUAAUCGAAAGGAUAUUAAAUAUUACGUCCACCCUGUUACCGGUGUAUUAGUACCAUAUUGUCCACAUGGGCCAAUACCGGAUGUAUCCGAUUAUGUCGUACCUUCCACUGCUUGGCGACCUUUAAACAAAUGUCCAUGGUGGUUAGACGAAAAGUACAUGUUAGGCAAACUCACAAAAAAUUCACGACCAUGUAGAAUUAUCAAUGUUCUUACCGGAACGAGUUGUGUUAUAAUGGUUUGCGAAGAGGAUACGAUUAGACGUAUUCAAGAACGUGCUUUAUCAUUUAAUCCACAUGGACAAAAUUACUCGUGGAAAUUUGAAGGAAAAGAUAUCAAUCUCGAUUAUACAUUAACGGAAAAUAAUAUUCCGGACGAACGUAAACGGUUCCUAACUUUAGGGCUUCGCGAGGAUUAUUAUAUUCCAAGUCUUAUGUGUUAUUAUAUCGAUAAGUAUGACUUGAACGAAUCCGAUUGAAAUUACAGACGACAUAAUAAUAAUUAAUUAUUGCCGAAAUGUCAAUAAUAUCAUUAUCUUUUUUAUUUCGUGAACUUUAAUAAGAAAUUUUCUACCUUAUCGAAUGUCUCACAUAGUACUUAUCUCUAAUCAAAGAUGACACCACUGUCUUCAGAUACAAUUGGAAUUGCUAUUGAAGUUCUUAUAUAUGAUAGAAAAAUGAUUAAAGACAAUAAUCAAUAUAAGAAAAUUUUUUAUCUCAUGAUCGAUCUUGUCUAAUUAACAUUUUACAUUUAAAUUAAAUUCGAUGACGUACUUUUAGAUUAUUUAUUUUCUCUUUUUCGAAGAAAAAUAAAACGUAUAUCAUCAUUUCGAAAAUGUUCGAAGUGACCUGACGAUAUUCGCGCAAAAUAAAUGCGUCCGAUCCUCGCUUGGAUGUGGUUUGCUCGUAAAAGCGAAGCCCCGUUGAGAGAAGAAACCCUGCCACCGCUUAGGAUCCGCUCGUCAAACCGUUUUACGGGUUUAUUCUCGGACGAUCUUCCAUGCAUCGUGGUCCAUUGUUUCGAUUUAUAUCUUCUCUCUCUCUUUCUUUCCC